UAAUUGUAAAGAUCCAGGCUCCAGACUCAUCAGAUGGAGAUUAAAAUUAGAAGAAUACAAUUACAACAUUAAAUACAAAAAGGGCAAAGUAAAUGCCAAUGCCGAUGCUUUAUCCAGAUAUCCAGUGAACCCGGUUACAAUAUACCCCCUAUCACCAGGAAAUCCAGGAAACUUAGAUCAAGAUCUAGAUCAGUUACUAAUAUCUCCACCUUCCUUCCAACUAGACGAAAUUCUUUCCGAUAUGGAAGACCAGCAUAUCGAUAUUCCAAUCUCUAACCCUUUUUCCCCUUCAUUACCACUACCAGAAAAUCUUCCAGAGUUACUUGAUAAUCGAAUACCAGGUGAAUCCAAUGAUCAACUAUCACCGAACAACAUACCACCAGUUGAAUCAAACGAUCAACUAUCACCAAACAACACACCACCAGUUGAAUCCAAUGAUCAACUAUCACCGAACAACAUACCACCAGUUGAAUCAAACGAUCAACUAUCACCAAACAACACACCACCAGUUGAAUCAACUGAUCAACCUCCCCUUUUUGAAUCAUUAAGUCCCUCAACUAAUGAUUAUUCAACAUUCAUUAAAUCAAUGGCCGAUAAAAAGAAAAUAUUCAAUACAGAAAUAUAUGAACAUAAUGAAAGUCUUUUGAAAUCACCAGAUAAAAUUCUCAUAAUUCCCACAUCCAUAGAUCUGGAUGAAUCAAAUGCUUAUAUAGAACAAAUUUUAGGAAAUAUUCCAAAUUCCCAAGAAUUGAUAGAUUCAGAAAAACAAUUACAUUCUUUUAUUCAAACAGAAGCCAAUAACAAAACUUACUACUUACUUUUUACAAAGGUUCAUCACUUUGAUGAAUCCAGCUAUCCGGAAAUUUUCGAAACCAUUCAACGUAUUAGAAACAGAUUAUUAAUAUUUGGAAACACAAAUGCAAUUAGUAUUUCAGAUUUUGGAAAUCCAUUCGAAAGACAUAAUUUCACAAAAAUAUAUAAUAUGCUACUAUACUUGUUUCAUGAUACUGGUAUUAAAAUCAAUGUAUAUCACAAUAGUAUCAUUUACCCAGCACCAGUUGAAAUCAAAAGGAUACUUCAUGACAACCACGACAUUCCCAUUGCUGGACAUCUUGGUUCAGUCCGAAUGUAUAACCGUAUAAAAGACUUAUAUUAUUGGAAAGGAAUGCGAAAGGAUAUAGAAUCAUAUGUCAAAUCAUGUAAACUAUGUCAGGAGAACAAAGCUCUAAGAAAAACCAACAGAGCUCCAAUGCAGAUUACUAGCACCUCCACUGCACCGUGGCAACGCCUCAGUUUAGACAUUGUAGGACCGUUACCAGAAUCGGGAACGGCUAAACUAAAAUAUAUUCUAACCCUUCAAGACGAUCUAACUAAAUUCUCAGUGGCAUACCCUAUACGCAGCAUAACCGCAGAAGAAACCAGUGAAUGCCUGCUUCACUUUAUCUCUAUGUUCGGAAUUCCUAAGUUUAUCUUAACAGACCAAGGAACAAAUUUCACAGCUGAAUUAUUCCAAAAGACAUGUAGUUUUUUAAAAAUUAAACAGUUAUGGUCAUCACCAUAUCAUCCACAAACCCAAGGCGCACUGGAACGAAGUCACUCAACUCUAAAAGAGUAUUUAAAAUCAUUUGUUAACGAAGGUCAAACAGACUGGCCCCGUUACGUCUACACCGCCAUGUUGGCAUACAACACCUCGGUUCACUGCACAACACACUACACACCAUUCGAAUUAAUGUAUGGGCAUAAAGCCUUCAUUCCAAAUUCUGUUUUCGAUGAAUCACCCGGAGUGACGUAUCCGGAAUACGUCAAAAUGUUACAAAACAGACUGAAGUUAUCUAGAGAAAAAGCAACUGUAAAUAUAAGGAAGUCUAAGAGUAAUUCCAAAACCUACUAUGACAAACAUACAAAGCCACAACAAUAUAAAGUUGGCGACUAUGUAUAUCUAAAGAACCACCUCAGAUUACGAAAAGCAUUAUCACCAAUAUGGAAAGGUCCAUAUAAAGUAGUAAAAAUACUUGGGAACAAUACCUUAUCCCUACUGAUCAAUAGACGCCACGUCACUCACCAUUAUGACCAAGUAAAAUUGGCGCAACCAUCAGGCGAUUCGCCGUAACCAUUUUACUGUAGCUUUUACUUUUAUUUAUUUUUUUUAAUUACCUUUUAUUAUAGAAAUCAAAAUUAUUAUGAAAUAAAAAUAGAAUAGUCUCUAAUUAAAAUACGUAUAUUUUCAGUGGUUCCGCGCAAACCCAUCCAGAGCUCAUCGAACAAAUUCCCAAGAGCCCCGGCAUGUAUUUUAACCCCUUGGGUAAUGCAAAAACAAUAGAAGGACAAUUAAGUGUUUUAAUCCCAUUAGAUUUAUCAUAUAUUAAACCACACAUCGAAAAUAUAAAUUCCGUAAUAAAUACAGUCAAGAAAACUUGUAAACAGACUUGGAUAAAUGUGGAUUGUUUUAAUAUUUUUGAACCGUUAGAAUUACGAUAUGAAGAAAUUGCAAAGCAAUAUUCUACUAUUUCUCAUUUAAUAAAUACAAAGAGCAAAAGAAGUGCCUGGUUUGCAGGUAUCGGAUCAAUUAUGAAAACCCUUUUCGGUACUCUUGAUGAAGAUGAUGCAGUAGUUUUUGAUAAAGCAAUAGAAUCCGUAUUAAAUAAUGAAAAGAAAUUAUCCUCUUUAAUGAAAGAAAGCAUCUUAGUUACAGACUCUAUAAUUAACAAAUUUAAUGGAACUAUUUCAAGAAUCCAACAAAAUGAAUACAGAAUGAAGGAAGCAAUCAAUAAUUUCACCCUAAUAAUAGACAAUAUAACUAUCGCUUUGGAAAAAUCCCAAUUACGACUUAGUAUAAAUAACGUUUUUAAUAGUCUCGAAAUGUCAAUAAUAACAUUAUCUUUUCAACUCGAAGAUAUAAUAAAUGCCGUACUGUUUAGCAGUUUAAACAAAUUGCAUCCUUCCAUAAUGACACCAACACAACUUCAUAAAGAAAUUAUUGAUAGUUUCAGACAUUUACCUCAAGAUUUAGAAUUACCUGUCCCGUUAGAAAUCGAUAUGAUACACACUAUUAUAGAUAUAUCCAAGGUAUCAUCAUACUACAUUAAGAAUAAAUUAAUAUUUGUAUUACAAAUCCCAUUAGUAUCUAUUAAGGAAUAUAGUUUGUAUCACAACAUUCCAUUACCAACACCACAUUCCAUUAGAAAUCCAGAUACAUUCAGUUUGAUAAUACCCAGUGCGAAAUAUAUCGCGAUUACUAUAAAUAAAAACUUUUACUUUGAUCUAGAUAGUCUGAAUAAUUGUUUGGUUAUUAAUCAUAAGCAUUAUAUUUGUGAUAAUGUAAGUGUAUAUGCAACAAAUACAAAAGUUACCUGUGAAAGUGAGUUACUGUCAAAAAUUAUAAAUAAAAUCCCUCAGCAGUGUGAAACAAAAUUCAUAUAUGGAAAAGUAGAUUUAUGGAAAAACUUAAAUUACAAUAGAUGGAUAUUUAUCCAAUCAGAACCAACCAGAAUAACUAUAGAAUGUUCAGAAUUAAAAUCACACCGAGAAAUAACGGUUAUAGGAACUGGUAUUCUAAACCUACCAGAAUUGUGUAUCGGUUAUGGUAAAAAUGUUAUUUUAAAAGGUAAAUUCAAUAAAAAUGUGAAAUUACCUACAAUCACUUUUGAAUUUAAUUUAAUUAAUGAUUCAUGUUGUAAUACGCGUAAGUUAGAAAUAAUAAAGAAUGGUGUCUCCCCUAUCAAGUUAGAAAAAAUUGAUUUAGACAAUUUAAGAAUACAAAAGAAUCAUUUAGAAGCAAAAUUAUUAAAUACUGAAUUAGAAGAAGUACCUCAUAUAAUAAAAUAUGGGACACACUAUUCCGUAAUAACUGUCAUUACACUGUUAGUAAUUAUAUGUGUAACAUUAUAUUUUAUAAUUAUUAAGAUUUUUAGAAUAAGAAAUGUCAAGAAAUGUAACUCACUGGGAGUAAACCCAAAAGUUGAUAUAGAAUUAGCUGAUAUUACAAAUGAUGACGAACAGACAGACAAAUAUCCAAAUUUAAAGAGAGAUGUUUAAAAUCUAAAUUACUUUACUUUACAUAACUUUAUUUUAC